UUGUCUGGCCUCUUAUUGUGAGAAACACCUUCAGGCUCAUUAUGAAGUGGCUCCUUUAAAGAAACACAAGCUGGUGGAGCCGUCCAAGAACCUCCAGAAGAACAUCUGCUCUCGUCAUGACGACGUGAUGAAGAUGUUCUGCCGCACUGAUCAGACAUGCAUCUGUUAUCUCUGCUCUGUGGAGGAACAUAAAGGUCAUGACACAGUGUCAGCUGCAGCAGAAAGGACUGAGAGGCAGAGAGAGCUGGAGGAGAGACGAGGAAACAUCCAGCAGAGAAUCCAGGACCAGGAGAAAGAUGUGAAGCUGCUUCAGCAGGAGGUGGAGGCCAUCAAUCACUCUGCUGAUGAAGCAGUGGAGGACAGUGAGAAGAUCUUCACUGAGCUGAUCCGUCUCCUCCAGAAAAGAAGCUCUGAGGUGAAGCACCACAUCAGAUCCCAGCAGGAAGAUGAAGUGAGUCGAGUCAAAGAUGUUCAGGAGAAGCUGGAGCAGGAGAUCACUGAGCUGAAGAGGAAAGACGCUGAGCUGGAGCAGCUCUCACACACAGAGGAUCACAACCAGUUUCUCCUCAACUACCCCUCACUGCCAGCACUCAGGGAGUCGACUCACUCAUCCAGCAUCAACAUCCGUCCUCUGAGACACUUUGAGGACGUGACAGCAGCUGUGUCAGAGCUCAGAGACACUCUACAGGACGUCCUGAGAGACUCAUGGACAAACAUCUCACUGAUGGUCGGUGAGGUGGAUGUUCUACUGUCAGAACCAGAACCAAAGACCAGAGCUGGAUUCUUGAAAUAUUCACGAGAAAUUACUCUAGAUCCAAACACAGCACACAAUAAUAUGGUUCUAUCAGAGGGGAACAAGAAGGUGACCUGGAUGAAUCAACGUCAAUCUUAUCCCAGUCACCCAGACAGAUUCACUCACUUCAUUGAGGUUCUGAGUAAAGAGAGUCUGACUGGACGUUGUUACUGGGAGGUGGAGUGGAGCGGUUUAGGGGUUUUUGUAGCAGUCGCAUACAAGAACAUCAGCAGAGCAGGAGAUGGGAAUGAAUGUAGAUUUGGAUAUAAUGACAAAUCCUGGGCAUUUUCUUAUUAUAAAAAAACGUCUAAAUUUGGUCACAACAACAUCUGGACCGCCAUCUCAGGUCCAGUUUCCUCCAGAGUCGGAGUGUACCUGGACCACAGAGCAGGUAUUCUGUCCUUCUACAGAGUCUCUAAAACCAUGACUCUGAUCCACAGAGUCCAGACCAGAUUCACUGAGCCGCUACAUGCUGGGGUUUCUGUGUUUCCUGGAGGUUCUGCAAAGUUUUGGAAAGCCAAGUAGUCAAGAUAUACUAAAGGAUCAUUGAGUUUGAUUCUGAUUUUUGUUGUUUUUCUUUUUUAUGAUCAUUGUGAGUUUAUGUCUAAAGUUCUGAGAAAUCAAUAGACU